AUGUGGGCGGAUGGGACCAUGCUGAAGCGGGAGAUGAAGCCAGAAACUGACAGGCCCCGGAAAGUCCGAUUUCGGAUCGCGUCGUCUCACAGCGGGCGAGUUCUGAGGGAGGUGUAUGAAGACGGACGGCCAGCAGGCUCUCUGGAUUCUGAGUGUGCCAGUGUCUGUGGCAUAGAUGGGCUCCGUGAGUCUGACGGACAGCAGAACGGCCACAUAGGACCGGAGGGUGACGAGCAGGAGAAUGACCAGGACAACUUGCUGGCGUUGGCAAGGGCGGCCAGCGAGAAGGGGUUUGGGACAAGAAGAGUCAACAUUUUAAGCAAGAAUGGCACAGUCAGAGGUGUUAAAUAUAAAGUCAGUGCUGGACAAGCUCUGUUCAACAAUCUGACCAAAGUGUUACAGCAACCAUCAACUGAGCUGGAAUUUGACCGGGUAGUGAUUUAUACCACUUGCCUUCGGGUGGUACGGACAACCUUUGAAAGGUGUGAACUGGUUAGAAAGAUCUUCCAGAACCAUCGAGUCAAAUUUGAAGAGAAAAACAUAGCUCUGAAUGGUGACUAUGGAAAAGAGUUAGACGAACGAUGCCGCCGGGUUUCUGAAGCUCCUUCCCUCCCUGUCGUGUUCAUUGAUGGCCAUUAUCUAGGGGGUGCUGAGAAAAUUUUGUCAAUGAACGAAUCAGGAGAACUGCAAGACCUCUUAACCAAAAUUGAGAGAGUGCAGCAUCCGCACGAGUGCCCCUCCUGCGGAGGCUUUGGCUUCCUCCCGUGCUGUGUCUGCCACGGAAGCAAGAUGUCGGUGUUCCGAAACUGCUUCACAGACUCCUUCAAGGCCCUGAAGUGCACGGCUUGCAACGAGAAUGGUCUUCAGCGCUGCCAGAGCUGCCUGCGUUAGAGUCCACACCC